AUGAUGCGCGAAUUAGAACCAUACAUGAAGGCUAAUGCAGCCAUACCUCAAUCAUCUUUCUGCACCAUACCAGAAUCUAUCAUACGCUUGCCUACACCUGAAGCUCUUGAGACCAUCAUCGACGAUGCUGUUAAUACAUGGCUGCAAAAUGGUACCAUCAUACGUGCCAGCAUUGAUAACGGUUGGAAUUCACCACUUACUCUUGCCGGAUAA